CACUGCUGGUGACCACGCUCGUGGACUAAAGCAAGACGUUAUCUUUGAAUGCGGACACACAUGCACACACGCAGGGCACAGAAUGGCAAGUUUCGGGAAACUUACGGAUUACUUUAGCCGUCGGCGUUCCAGAGACGAGCUCGUGGCUCGGAGAGAUGCCCGACGCAGUGGCAGUUACUGCUGCACAGUGGCCGAAGCCAGGUCAUUGGAGCGACGGCUACAGAGGCCCAAGUUGGCCAAAUCCAGGACAUUACCCAGCAUUCCCCAGUCCCCCGCUGUCAGCCGGAUGCAACCAUCAGAAAAUGUUUCUGAACGUGAACGCCACCCACGUCUUCCCUCCAGUCCUGGUGGUCUUGAAGCUUGUACGCUCCCCCCGGCAGGUGAGAUGUGGCAUCUAGAAGAUGAAAACGACGGGGACGUCCCUCCGGGCACGGUCGACCUCCGUCCGCGCUCUCAGUCGCCAUUCUCACAUUUCCGUCGUCGGGCGGCGUAUCUAAGGAAAAGUAUUUCGGCGGAUGACCACCUGGCUGAUUCUGAAUUUGAGCCCACCAAGGCGGAGGGGAGGAGCUUAGCCGACCCCAAAGUUAAACUGAAAAGGAAGUUUAGUUUGGGCUCCAUAGACAGGAAGGGGACACGUCAGAGAAGGAGUGAGUCUGGGAUUGUGAAGUUAACCCAGCGACUCUCUUUGAAAGACAAACACUUGAAGGAGGACAGGAGCCUGCAGUCUAGACCCCCGGCCUACAGGAGGCGCUCUCUCAGCGUGGACUGGGCCGAAUCCGAAAUGACUCAACAAAUCCCAGAGCCUCAUCCUCUGAUCUCACGCAAGUAUUCCAGUGCGUCAUGUUCAUCUCCUCCGAGCGCGGCGCGACGCCUCUACAGAAACCUGUCUGGAAAGUUCCGCACAGCGAAUCUGCUGCAGGAGGAUGCGGCGCUCAUGGGCCAGUCGGACAAGGAUCAGUCGCACAAAACCUCAGUGUUUCAGAGUAAUGAAGCUCUGUUUGAAGCCGUGGAGCAUCAGGAGCUGGACGUGGUGGAGUCGCUGUUAAACACAUUCAGCUUGGAGGAGUUGGAUUUAAACACUCCCAACAGUGAGGGACUGCUGCCCCUCGAUAUCGCCAUCAUGACCAACAACGUCCCCAUGGCUAAACUGCUGCUAAGGGCCGGUGCCAAAGAAAGCCCCCACUUUUUAAGUCUUGAAGGCAGAGCUGCUCACUUAGCCUCGCUGGUGCAAGAGGCGGAUCAUCGUAUAGCUGAGCUAGUCGCCCAGGUGACGGGGGAGGAGCCAGUGGAGAGGGAGGAGUCUAAGAGAGAGAGACAGCUGAAGGUGUGGGAAUGGAAGCUCCGCCUCUACAAGCGCAUGCAGACAGGAUAUACACACGCAAGUCCUCCCGAGCCACCCAGUGCAGUCCAUCUCUCUGUCAGCAGUAACACCAGUCUCAGAGUCCACUUCCAAGAGCCACUUUGUCACAAUUCUGCUGUUAUUACCAAAUACCGUGUGGGUUGGAGCAGCGUUCCUUCAUUCAGCCCGUUACUGGGUGAGACGAUCAUUGAAGAUGUGACGCAACUGCAGUAUGACAUCACCGGACUUACAGCGGGCACCUGUUAUUAUGUCCAGAUAUCAGCAUAUAACAUGAAGGGUUGGAGUUCACCUCAAACAUCUGAACCUGCAUGGGCUACACCCUCGAGUUGGAGGGAUGUGGACGGGCUAUCAUCUCGCCAGAGGGGCGUGAACGAGGCGUUAGAGCUUCUCCUGGUGCAACUUAAAGGGGCACAUCGUCACUGCUCAUGCCACGAGCAGUGCAAAGCCCCGGCAAACAGGAAACACUCGGUGUCUAAAAGCCUCAGGCAUCUCUUCCAGCCCACCAGCAAAUUUGUAAAAAAUCUGAAAAGAGGUCUGUAUCUGGCCUGUGUUUUCUACAAAGAUGAGAAUAUUCUGGUCACUCCAGAAGACCAGUUGCCUAUCGUGGAGGUGGACGACUCUUUCAGCUGUCAUGCGCAGGAUUUCCUCUGGUUUACAAAGGUGUCGCAUCUCUGGGAGGAGCUCGGCUGGAUGCAGCAAUGCAUCAGUCCUGCACACGCCUCCAGUUCCUGCACGCUUCUGUCGCGACUCAAAUUGCUUCAGGCUGCUGCACAACUACAAGCACUUCUCGGCAUGGUGGAUCUGGGUCAGGUGUAUUUUGAGCCGAUUAAAGAUAAGCACGGUAAUGCAGUGUUGGUGUUGAUGAGAGCCAUGAGCUCGUGUGCGCCGCUGGAAGGCGUUCGCUGGAUUCCCGUCAGCAAAUUCCAGCUGCAGCGCAGGUCUUCCUCAUCUUCAUCAGAAGAGGCCACCGCACUGGAGACCCUGCUCUCCACACUACACGAGAAACAGUCCUAUCACUGGCGCAGCAGGAAGUGUUUGUCCGCCGGUCUGUAUCUGGGUUACCUGAAGUUGUACACCUCAGUAGACCAGAUCAGAGUGCUGGUGUCACAAAAACAUCCAAAUGUGCUGUGUCACACCAAAAUACGAGACAACGGCCACGUCUCCAGAGAGGAAUGGCAGUGGCUGCAAUCCUUGACUUCGCUCGAGGACAGCGUGCAGGUGUGCGCCGAUACACAAAGCGCUCCGCAUCGCCUCCUACUGGACCUGCGAAAUGCUGCCAAAGAUUUGCUCGGCUACAUCAACAUUCCUAACAACCAGGCGCAGGAUUUCCGUAUUUAUGUAAAGGAGGUAGUAGAGUUGGGUGAGGGUGUGUCCUUUCUGUUGCUCCUCCCUCCAUGUGAGGAGGUGUGUUCACCCCCCGGUCAAAACCAUCUGUGCUCGCUGCGCUCGGGAUUCUUCACUCUACCACUGCAGAUCUUUGAGUUGGUUCAUUUUGAGUCAUACUGCCCUAGUUUCAUUGCUCUGUAUUGCCGUGUAUCUGCUCUGUUGGGUCUGGAGUCUCUGAUGUCCCAGCAGUCUCUGCGGGAAGCCUUCUCGGAGUCGGAGCUUAUCGCUGCCAAACAAAAACAUCAGCAGACUGAAGAGUAUUUGCAGCAUAUGGAGGACCUGUGGCGUGAUGCCAGGUGGAUGGUAGAGGUUCUGCAGUCUGCUCGAUACAAACAGCAGAGCUCUGGAGUGAGUCUGGGCUGGAUUAUAGACUUCUCCAAAGAGAGUAUUCCAGAAAAAACAGCUUCCACCUCCUCACAACUCGACUACCUGCCCUCUCCAACCCCUUCACCAGAAACUACACGUAAACUCAACGAUCCCCACAGUCUGUCUGAUGAAGACGAUACAUCUGAGGUCUUCCUCACCACUGACAGCGAGUAUACCUCCAGUGUUUCCCAAAGCACCAGAGAACUGGACCUUCUUCCACCCUCCCCGACCAGCUUCCGAUCCGUACCGUCCUCCCACCCUUCCUCCUCGUCACAGUCGUCACCCCUCUCCUCUCAGUACCAGCCCGACGUCCUGCAGACCGGAGGAGGAAGUGUUAUCGGUGUGAGCAGACGGGAGAACACGGGACUGAACAUGUUCGAUAGUGACUUCAUCCUUCCGAGUCGUCAGAUUGAACUGUUACGAGUCACAGAGAAGAGAACAGCGCUGUGUGUUCGCACGAGUAGCCUGGAAUACCCGGCCCCUGUCCCGACACCAGCCACGCCCACCAGCUCCGCCUCCCAUAAAGGCUGGGCACGCCCUUCCUCAUUUGAUCUUUGCUUUUCCACCCGCGAGCCCCGCCCUACGCCUGUCCGCACCCUAUCAGAGGACAGCGGUGUGCAGCGACUCUCCGCCCACUCAAAUGGUUCGCCUCUGAGAACGUGCCACACCACGCUGAGGGUUUACCCACAAUACCGGACUGGGUUACCCAAAGACACCAGUGUAAAACUACGGGCGACUACAGAGACGUCGGCUAAAGAGAUGGUCCGUUUAGUAGUGCAGGAGAUCAACUCUGUUUGUCGCCACCUGCAGAAAGCCGUCCAGCAGUGCACAUGUGCGCCGGAACCAUGCGGCUACCCGUCGUGUAUGUCCGAGGUGUGUGUGUACAAAACCGAGCAGCUGGAGCACUUCGGGCUCGUUCUGUUGGUGGAGGGGCGAGAGAAAUGGCUUCAAGAUGAUUUCUGUCCACUCACACUACAGAAUCCCUGGACUCGUGGGAAACUGUGCGUCCGUUUCAAAGAGUACUCGCCACUUGCGCUGCAGUACAGCCGAGCCACUACUGUUUGACACAAAUGGACAGUUACGAUCACUGGAACUAACACUCGUGUACAUAGACGCACUCUUACACACUGGCUAAGUGCAUCGACUACUGAUUUUCGGUGUUUUCCUUGUUGUUUAGUUUUGAUGUCACUUCACAAGGUCUUACCAUGGGUUGACUAGAACUGUACGGGUGUACUGUACUAAGUAUGGAUGGGCUUUGAUUAUCACCACUUUCAACUGCACUACACAAGCUUUGACUCUUAAAGGGAUAGUUCACCUUAAAAUGAAAAUUGUGAGGCUAACGUUCUGCCUAACAUUUCCUUUUGUGUUCCAGGACUCUGAAAAAAGUUUGGAGCUCAACGGAAGAACAAAACGCAGGUGUCUUGAAUUUUAAAAAUUGUCAACUUGACACGUCGUCUUAGAAAUGCGAUGCUAAUGCAAGGGAUGCUGGGAAAAAUGGAAUGAAACAAAACCCAGGUGUCUCCAUCUACUGUCGCUAAAUGGCGCUAAUGAACAAGACACUGAAAACGUUAGAUGGAGCUGAACAGAAUGGGGAAAAAAAAGUUGACAGUCAUCUUAUAAACGCAACAUAAAUGCACGGGACCGAAGUUAUGCAGAGCGCAACGAAAUAUAAUAAAACAUGUGUCUUGAAUCUUAAAUUUAAACAGUUGCCUAUUUGUCACGCCAUCUUAAAACACAACACUAAUGCAUGGGUUAGUGAAAAACGUAACAUGAAGCGCAACGGAAUAAAACAAAACGUAGAUGUUUCCAGUUUUAAAGUUGAACUAUUCUCAACUUGAUGCGGCAUCUUAAAAAUGCAACACUAAUGCACGGGACACUGAAAGAAGUUACAUGGAGCACAACGGUAUGAAACAAAACGCAAAUAUCUCGUAUUUUAAACUGUUUUCAAGUUGAUAAAGUGUCUAAAAACGUGACAUUAAUGCGCAGGACACUGAAAAACGUAACAUGGAGCGCAACAGAAUGAAACCAAGCGCAGGUGUCUCGACAAGUAUUUAAAAGUUUAACUCUUUCAACUUGAAAUGGGGUAUAUUGCUUGGGCAAACAGAAUGGGACACGACACAGGUGUCACCAAUUCUAAACUUGAACUGUUUUCAGUCUUGUAUGGAUAAAAACGUAACCUUUUUAACUAGAUAUGUUGUCUUAAAAAAUGUGACGCUAAUGCAUGAGAUAAAAGUAAAUAAAUAUGAGAUAAAAAAUUCAACGGCAAUGCGUGGGAUGCUGAGAAAGUUACACGGAUCACCACAGAAUGGAACAAAACACAGGUGUCUCCAAUUUUACAUUUGAACUGUUUAAAACUUACAAGCCCUCUUAAAAUGGCACUGAAAACGUUAGAGCGUAACAGAAUGAAAAUAUAAUGCAGGUGUCACAAGACUACAUUUUUUAAAGUUUCACUGUUUUCAACUUGUUGCAUUCUUUUAAAAAUGGCACGCUAAUGAAAAACGUAUAUUUAAAGUUAUAUUUAGGUAUUUCAAUUUCUUAACAAAAUUCUAUCAAAUUUAAUAGAGUAAUCUUUAAUAAAAUUAAAUAAAAAAUAAGUAAAUAUGUUGUUUUAUUAAUUUCAUUUGGUUAAAAAUUACACAAUUUAAUUUGAUGGAAUUUUGUAAUGAAAUAAAAAAAAUAUUUAAAUCUUAAAAAUGGGCUGAUUCAUGUGUAAUAUAUUCCUUCACAUUCUAAUCUAGGCCAAAGUACAUCACAUAUAUUAUUGCAUAAUAGAUAUAAUUACUUUAUGUACAUUUCUUUUGCGUUAAUUUAUGAUAAGAAAUGUAUCAAAUUUAUGCAUUUGAAAGUUCGAUUGGGGGCCAGCGGAAUGGAACAAAACGCAGGUUUCUCAAGACUCUUUAUUUUAGGGGUUUGGGUAUCUCAGCGAGUAUUGACACUGACUAACACACCUGGAGUCGUGAGUUUGAAUCAAGGGUGUGCUGAGUGACUCCAGCCAGGUCUCCAAAGCAACCAAAUUGGCCCGGUUUCUAGGGAGGGUAGAGUCACAUGGGGUAACCUCCUCGUGGUCGCUUUAAUGUGGUUCUCGCUCUCAGUGGGGCGCGUGGUGAGUUGUGCGUGGGUAACACGCUCAACAAGCCACGUCAUAAGAUGCGUGGAUUGACGGUCUCAGUCACGGAGGCAACUGAGAUUCAUCCUCUGCCACCCGGAUUGAGGCAAGUCACUACGCCACCACGAGGACUUAGAACAAAUUGGGAAUUGGACAUUCCAAAUUGAAAAAAAAACAAAACAAUAAUAAUAAAUCUUUAUUUUAAAGUUGCACUGUUGUCAACUUAACACGCAGUAUACUUAAAGAGCACCUAUUAUAUUUUUUCAAAUACGACCUUUCAUAUAGUGUGUUAUAUCGCUGUUUGUGAAUGUUAAAAAUGUCUGCUAAGUUUAAAAAAUCAAAGUGCACCACAAAUGGAGUUAUUGACUCCCAAAUGAAAGAACCCUGAAACGAGUCGUUAGUAAAUCCAGACUUCAUGUACUUACGUACGUAAUUUGGUAACAAAACACCCGCCUCUGGUCUUCAUUGGCUGCUCGUGAACAGCUUUGACCCGCCCUCAAACACUACACUAAGCGGUAGACCAAUCACAACAGACUGGGACAUCUGACCAAUCAGAGCAGAGUCGGCUCUCUGAAAGGAGGAGCUUAGAAUGGAUCAUUGAACGAGUUGUUUUUGACACUGGGAAUAAACGGUGAUACUGCAAUUUAAAUUAAGAGCACAUGAAAGUGUUUUUUGACCUUUGAUGCAUGUAAAUAUAUUGUAUGAGACCUUUAAAACUAAAUUAGCCACGUUUAAAAAACAUAAUAGGUGCUCUUUAACAAACGAUAUUGCACGGGAUACCUAAAAAAAAGUUACACGGAGUCCAACGGAAUUGAUCAAAACACAGGUGUCUUAAAUUUUAUAUCCAAAUUGACACAGCUAUUCAAAACGGCACGCUAAUCCAUGAGACACUGACAAAGUUAGACGGAGCUCAACAGAGUGAAACUAAACGGGUGUCACGAGACUCAUUUUAUCACUGAAAAAUAAUCUAAAACGUUAGACUGAGCAGAAUGAAGUGGAACAACACAGAGCUAUAGUUCAACUAUUUUGAACUUAAUACGGCAUCUUCGGGACGCUGAAAAAUAGCAUCACCAUGGAAACCAAUUAAAAGCAGUGCAGACGGACACAAGAACAAUGCCUUUGUGAACGGCCCCUUAAAUUGCUACUUUUAAUGUAUAGCCCUAAAUCGGUUGUAGAAUGUGGUUGUCACACCUGUACAUAACAAGACAACUGUAUUUAGCUGUAGUGCUUGUUGCCAUGGAUACAUCAGAACAAAACACAUAAAAGCACAUUCUUGCUUGACAACACAUUCUCCGUAACCUGUCACUUUAAUAAGUCUAUCUGAAUAAUUGUAAUGUACCAGAAGGUGUCAUAUCAUUAACAAAAGCUCUUCCAGGAGUGUUCACAAGUGAAACGUUUACAGAUGGUGGUUUGAUAUCACCAAACAAACAUUACGUCCUGCACUGCAGUGUCCAUUCUUCCUCAGGAUACUGUUCUACCCUUCCAUCAAAUUUCCAUACAGUCACGCCUGCCAAAAGAAACAUGGACUUGUCCAAACUGUGAAGGAGUCUUUGGGAUCCUCUUGACACCGUGUCCUAACCAGGUGCAACAACACAGUUUUUCUGUCCACACUGGAAGUGAAGCAAAGUGUGAAGCGAAGUCACGACCAAUCGGAUCAUACUUUCCGACAAAUAUCUCGCUCAUGUCAAAAACUCUUGAAUGUUGUUUUUAUGGUGUCGUGUCUGGUUGGGACUGAGGUUUGAGAGACUGUCAUGCCACAAAUGAACUAUGACGUAUUUCUAUAACAGAUGCACUUCAGAAUAAAUCUACAUACAAGAAGAACAGUAGCUAUAUCCAAAUGAAAGUGUCGUUUUGAUCAUAUACUGUAUGUAAAGGGACGAACAGACACGACGAUCAAACAACUCUUGUAGAAGAAAAUAAAGCACGUUGUUUCUGCAGGGCUGGACUUCUGUUUUGUGGUUCGCAGACGGACUAUUCCGGUUCCUAAAGUCUUGAUUUGUUCAUCGAGAGCGAGCCGUUUGAUCUUGUUACAGUGCUGUGGAGUUAUUAUCGAUAUUGUGUUUACUGUCUGUAUUUCACAACUGAAUGACGGAAACACACACACACACUAUUGUAGAGGAAACGUUUGAUGCAAUAAUAUUUGACACUGUUGAAGAAAAGUUUUCUUCCUAACACACUUGGACAAAGUCGCUCUCAUGUGUGGAGUCACGCACAAAUACACACUCAGAAGAUGAUACACAACCUUUGUUGAUUUGGCAUGAUUGAAGAUGUAAGAAUUGUUCUGAUGUGUGCGUGUGCGCGCAUGAUCCUUGCAUGAGCUCAUAGUCUUAUGCCUGUCCAUUAGAUGAAAGCAUAGUUUGGAGCAGCUGCUGUGUGUGUGUGUGUGUGUUUUGUGUGUGUGUGUGAGAGAGAGAGAGAGAGAGAGAGAGAGCGAGAGAGAGUGUUUGUGUGUGUGUGUGUGAGAGAGAAUUUGUUUGUUUGUGUGUGAGUGUAUGUUUGUGUGUGUGUGUGUGUGUGUGUGUGUGUGAGAGUGUCUGUGUGUGUCUGUGCCUGUGUGCGUGUGUGUGUGUGUGAGAGAGAGAGUGUGUUUGUGUGUGUGUGUGCGUGUAUGUGUGAGAGUGUUUGUGUGUGUGUGUGUUUCUGUGUGAGAGUGUUUGUGUGUGUGUUAGUGUGUGUGUGUUAGUGUGUAUGUGUGAGAGUGUUUGUUUGUGUGUACGUGUGAGAGUGUGUGUGUGUGUGUGUGUGUGAGAGUGUUUGUUUGUGUGUGUGUGUGUGAGUGUUUGUGUGUGUUUGUGUGUGUGUGUGUGUGUUUGUCUGUGUGUUUGUGUGUGUGUGUGUGUGUGUGUGGACAGACAGAUAGAUAGAUAGAUAGAUACUGUAGAUAGACGGACGGACGGACGGACGGAUGAAUGAAUAGACAGACAAACUCUCAGACAGAUUUUCACACACAUACAGUUGCACCCAAAAUGUAUUUGGACACUUACGUCACACUUAAAAAUGUCUGAAUGUCAUUUCAUUAGAUAACAAAAUAUGAAAGUAUCAUGUGCACACAAAUGCUGUCCAGGUGAUUUUUAGAGUAUGAAUGAAGUCAGUUGGAGUUUGAAAGUGAAUGGUGACUGAGGCUAACAUUCGGACGAACAUCUCCUUUUGUGUUCCACUGAAGAAAAGUCAUACAGGUUUGGAACAACACUGGGGUGGGUAAAUGAUGGAAGACCAUUUCCAAAUACUACUACUGCUUGUGUGAUCUUUCUUUAAAAUAAACCGCACUUGCAUUGAUCUUUUAUCUAAUGCCAUGAUUUUUUUAAAGAUAUGUU